ACAGGUAGGCACCAUCCGGUCCAAAUUCUCCUGCGGUACAGGUCCUCUCCCAGUCAGCAGCCAUGAAGUUCACCCUCAUCGCCACCCUUGUCGUGCUCGCUCUGGCACAAGGAAGCUUUGCCCAAGACAUGCCCGAUCUUGAGAAACUCGGUCAGUACUUCGAGGAGAUGAAGACCAAAAUGACCAUGGAGCUGACUGAGAUGAUCCGCACCCAAGACCUGACCAGCCAGGCUCAGACCUUCCUGGAGGACAAGAAAACCCAGCUGGAGCCCCUGACCGCUCAGAUCCAGGAUCAGCUGAGGUCCGUCGCCACCACCGUCGAGGAGCAGAUCAAGCCCCUGGCUGCCAGCGUGCAGGCCCAGGUCCAGCCCAUGGUUCAGGACUUCCAGAGGCAGAUGGAGGCCAUCCUCCUGCGUCUGACCGAGCAGGCCAAGGCCAUCGGCCAGUAAAACCGUUCGUCCUUCCGAACGAUGCAAAAUGUUUCCAUCACCAUCAUCUCCGUAAUGGAGUUAACGGACUUUGCAUCUGACGGCUGGCCUGAAGGUGCAGGCAGAAGUACAACAGCCUAAGAUGUGUUUCAGUGCUGGUUAACAUGGAUAUUUAUUAUCUCUGCACCAAAGCACAAAUAAAAACUUGAAACACAA